AUGUUAUAUUUGUACAAUUUAACUGUACACGAUUCAGCAGUCUAUCAAUGUCUUAUUCAAAACAAACACGGUACAAAUAUCAUGAAUGCUUAUAUACAUGUAUGGAAUCAACCGCCAGCAUUUAUUCAUGUGAUCAGUGGAAUACAAUUUGUUAUUGAAGGUCAUGACAUUGUUGUACCAUGUGAAACAUUUGGUGCACCGGAAGCUGAAAUCACUUGGUUUAUUAAUGGGAAACAAUUAGAUACGCUUGGUGUUAAUAUGAAAGGAGGUGAUUAUAUGAUAGAAACGAAUGGAAAUUUACAUAUUUUU